AUGAAAGUAAAGAUAGUUAAAGCUAAAGUAGAGAAGCAGAAAGUUAAUUGUUGUCUUGAAUCAGGAUUUUUGGAGAUCUCUAUAUGUACUGAUAAACUUUUCAAGAAAAUCGGUGACAAAAUUAGCAAAAAGUUGACUUCUAAAGAAAAAGAUAGUAAAUUCAUCAGAGAAAAAACCACAGCUCCACUUGGAUUGGCCAUAAUUCCAAUUACCUUUACUUCUAAUGUAAUAAACAAUAACUAUCUUAGUAAUUAUGAAUCCAUCACAAUUCUGACUAAAGUGCUUAUAGAAAAAUAUAACUCCAAGAUGUCUAAUUAUAUUCUGCUUGAUGCUUUCAAUUCGAUUACUUUGGAUAGCAAUUCAGAUAGUUCUUCCACAUCUAGUUCAGAAAUAGAAGCUAUACAUAAGACUAAAGGUAUAAGAAAAUGUCCUAUUCUAAAGCGUAAAGUAAAACGUAAAGUUAAUUAUCAGGAUUUAUAA